GUUCCCUUUGAAAACGAUCAGUGCCAAGUCAAACACAACAAACUGGCCAAACAGAGUGGAUAUUUAACAGCUAGGCUUUGGAGAGGAGGUAACCGAGGCAUUUAUAAGGAAAUAUCUGUAUGCCUGUGUGCGUGUGUGUGUGUGUGUGUGUGUGCGCGGUCGUAUCCCUGUGUGUCCACCACCACCACCACCACCCGCGUGCGUCUGUGUCUGUGUCUGAAAAGUGCACGUGUGUGUGCGGUUCCCCUGGCAGUUGGGCGUCAGCGUGCGCUGCGAGUUUCUCACCACAGACCUGCGUGUCGGCGUCUGCUGGAGCUUUUGGGCGCAGGGCAAGAGUUCACGCGUCUCUGCCUCAUUCGGUGCAUGUGUGCUCGUGUGUGUGUUUAUGAGACAAACAUGACGGCCAUUGAAGCGAGCUGACAUCGUGGGAUGUGAGAACAUGGAGGACACAAACAACGCCGGCCCCCCAAGCCCCAUACCCAACGGCUUCGUCAACCGCCUGUUCAGCGUUUCCCUGGACGUCCACAAUGAAACGAGCAGUGUGUGCAUUCAAGAGACGCCGCCUGGGAUCACCGACGCUGGGCCACCGCCGGAAGACCAGGCUCCCCAGGUUCCCCUUCCCAAGACCCCCGGGAAGGACAGGCCGCCUGAGGUGCUCCGGAGGGACCGUCGCGCCACCGGGGGGAUCUGGAAGAUCCUGACCCGGAAGAAGGUGGCCUCAGAGCUGGAGAGGAGACCCCAUUCCAUGAUCCUCCCCGGGGAGGCCUCGAUCCCCAAGUUGUCCUUCGCCGACAAGGUCCGCUCUUUCAAGAAACUCAAGUCCCCGUCGGUCUUCAGGGGGAAAACGGGGAAGCUGUCCAGUGCCAAGUUUGGCAGCUCCUUCGUGGACGAGGACUCCUUCUGCCAUGACUUUGGAACGCCCGGGCAGCCCAGCAGGGGAACGCUGAAGCACCGCGCCAAGAGGCACUCCUACGCAGGCUACACCUCGGAGUACGAGUGUUCCUUUGAAGACCUUGAACUGCCGGCCCCGUCCGAGAACCACUACCCCGCUCCCGCCGAAGAAGCCGUGACCCAGAAUGGCUGCAAGCCGCCGGAGAGAGUUUGCUAUGCUAAAAGGACGGCUAGUAGCAACUCGGCCAACUGUAACAACAUGGCUGCCGGCGGCGAGGAGCAGAGUGUUCGGGGCAGCCCCAAGGCCCACCUGGGGGGAGCGAGGAGAGCCAAGGGCCCAGAUGUGUGGAGCUACUUGCGGAGGAUCUCUCUGCUGGGCAAGGCCAAUCCCGUGUACUCUGAGAGGAGCUUUGACUCUGAGCUCCCCACUCUGGACAAAACCAUGGACUCAGAUUGCGGCUCGGUAGACUUUGAAUCCGUCAGAGAUUUCCAACCGGCGCCCCCGAAACACUUAGACGGCAAGGGCCAUUUCGGUGGCUUUUUAAAGUUCUUCAACAGCUUCGCCGAGAACGCGAGAAAAUGGCGGUCGACUCCGACGUCUCGUUCGUUCUCCCCCCCGGAGGAAGGGAAGACCCCAAUAGACUCGCCCCGUGCGGGAGAACGCCCCGUUGAAACCAUUCACAGCGGCGGGUCUUUUACUCUGCACAGUCAAGGACACCCAGUCCCCAUGCCCUCCCCCAAUAUCCCCAAACCCUCCCAGUCUAGCACCCUAGAGAGGCACGGCAAAGCCACCACUGGGGACGCACGUUCCCCCACCGUGGUUCUGAGGGCCUUUAGAACUUGCCCAGAGUCACCCGCUGUCAAUGGAAUUCACUGUAAGAGUUCAGAGGGUGCAGAGAAACCUACACACAGGCAGGCUGUUCAGAGGGCCCUGGUGACAAUAGAGAAGCCCAUAGCCCGGCCCAGCCCGAAGCGAGACAGGGAGAAUGUGCCUGCCUAUGUUGCCCGAAUGGCUUCCUCUGCCCAGCUUUGUCCAGAGGAAAAGGCAGAGGGACACUCUUCAGGAAAUGAGCAAGAUUCCACUGAGGCUCCACCUGAUUCACACCAGACACAGGAAUUAACCGGCCAAUCACAGGCGGGAGACAAGGAGAGUAUAGCCAAUAGUGUGCCACCAUCCGACUCCACAGAGGAAAUAUUCAAGCUGUGCGAGCAGAUUGCCGUCGUCCAAUCAGCCGGCGGCAAAGAUCGGUCCAGCCCGAUCCCGCCGACUCCCUGUAGCUCCUGGAAGGUCCGGGCGCGACCCAAGCCCUCCCAACCUGCCCGCCCUCGGCCCCGCCCCGCCUCGGCUCUGCUGGACCUCGGGAGAGCAACCCCCCCGCCAGAGGGGGAUCUGUACCCGGGCUACGCCGAGGUGGGCUCGCUCUGCCGGCGCAGACGCAGGCCGGUGGCGGCGCCGGCGCCGGCGGCGACGCACGCCGCCUACCCCCCGGGCCAGAGGACGAGGACGGCGGGCCGCUCCAGACCCCACUCUGUCAUAGAAACCAGCGUCGCUAUGGAGACGCAGGCCACGCAACUGCACCACAGAGCCCUCUCGCGGCCCCCCGGGGUGUCCCCGCUGGAGCCCCCACUCAGGGCCUCCCUGCAGCGCUGCCGGUCCCUCCCUCUGGCCCCCAGCACCCUGAGCACCUUGGCCCUGCUCCGCCAGCAGACAGUCUGUGAAGGCCAGUCGUCGCACUCCGUCCGUCUGCGCAAUGGAGACACGGGGAGCUGCAGGAGAAGGCUGCUCAGACCAGGGUCAGGACCGCUGCAGGUUAACAUAUUGAUAAGCGGGGGGUCAAUCGUCAGCGCUGAGGCGGUAUGGGACCAUGUGACCAUGGCGGACCGGGAGUUGGCGUUUAAGGCGGGCGACGUCAUCAAGGUGCUGGACGCCUCCAACAAGGACUGGUGGUGGGGCCAGAUCGACGAGGAGGAGGGCUGGUUCCCCGCCAGCUUCGUACGGGUGGAACCCCACCCUCCUCCACCCCAAACAAAACAGGUUUUCUAUAUCAACCCCGUAGCAACUCCGCGGUUCCAAAGCACCACGUCAAAGCUUUGGGUAAACCAGGAGGAUGGAGGGGCGGAGCCAGUCGAGGGGACCAGUGAGGUGCUGAACGGACACCUGGAUCCGACCAAUGACUGCCUGUGCUUGGGAUCACCGCUUCAGAACCGUGACCAGAUGAGAGCCAACGUCAUUAAUGAGAUCAUGAGCACAGAGAGACACUACAUCAAACACCUCAAGGACAUCUGCGAGGGCUACCUGCGUCAGUGCAGGAAGCGCGUGGACAUGUUCAACGACGACCAACUAAGGGUGAUCUUUGGGAACAUCGAGGACAUCUACCGCUUCCAGAUGGGCUUCGUCAGAGACCUUGAGAAACAGUACAACACAGAGGAUCCCCACCUCUCUGAGAUAGGGCCCUGCUUUCUGGAACACCAAGACGGCUUCUGGAUCUACUCUGAGUACUGUAACAACCACCUGGACGCCUGCAUGGAGCUCAGCAAGCUGAUGCGGGACGGCAGGUACCAGCACUUCUUCGAGGCCUGCCGUCUCCUCCAGCAGAUGAUCGACAUCGCCAUCGACGGCUUCCUGCUCACACCGGUCCAGAAGAUCUGCAAAUACCCUCUUCAGCUGGCAGAGCUGCUCAAAUACACGGCGCAGGAGCACAGUGACUAUCGCUAUGUGGCAGCGGCCCUGGCGGUGAUGCGGAACGUCACUCAGCAGAUCAAUGAGAGGAAGAGGAGGCUGGAGAAUAUCGACAAGAUCGCCCAAUGGCAGGCCUCCGUUCUGGACUGGGAGGGCGAUGACAUCUUGGACCGGAGCUCUGAGCUGAUCUACACAGGGGAGCUGUCGUGGAUCUACCAGCCGUACGGGCGGAGUCAGCAACGCGUCUUCUUCCUGUUCGAUCACCAGUUAGUCCUCUGUAAGAAGGACCUGAUCCGUCGGGACAUCCUGUACUACAAGGGGCGCAUCGACAUGGACCGCUAUGAGGUGCGCGACGCCACCGACGGCCGGGACGACGACUUCAACGUCAGCGUGAAGAACGCCUUCAAGCUGUGCAACAAGGACAGCGAGGAGAUCCACAUCUUCCUGGCCAAGAAGCUGGAGGAGAAGAUACGCUGGCUCAGGGCCUUCCACGAGGAGAGGAAGAUGGUGCAGGAGGACGAGAAAAUCGGUUUCGAGAUCUCAGAGUACCAGAAGCGGCAGGCGGCCAUGACAGUGAGAAAGGUGACCAAACAGAAAGGUGUAAACAGGUGCACGCCCCCCUCGUACCCGCCGCCCCAGGACCCCCUGUCGGCGGGGCACUACGAGGUCACGGAGGACAUGGCACAAGGGGAGGUUUUUGAAUUAAGUCAAUCCAAAAGAGGCCAGGCUCCCUUCUGGCAGAAUUUUAGUAGAUUAGCUCCAUUUAAGAAAUAAGACACUUGAGAGACUCUUCCGGAAAGGACCAGCUAUUUUUCUUAGAAGCACUAAUAAACGUCGGGUGAUUAACAUCCGAAACGAUGAAGAAUAUAUUAUAAAGAAAACAGGAAAAAAAAACACACACACACACACACACAUGUUCAACGAGAGAAAGACUUUUGAAGAAGAAGGACCAUGUGUUAAUAUCUCCGACCCCCCCAGAGGGUUGGAAGCACCAAGAGGACUGAAGAAAAGAAAAUAGACUUUACAUUUCAUGUAUGUUAUCGGCACCAUCCUUUGUUUGUUGUUUUGUUGUUUUUUUUAUUGGUCAAGCUUCUCCCACCGCGGCACACCUUCACAAACUCCACCCCUCUCGACCCUGCACCCUCACUACAACCACGCUCUCUGAUUGUCCACAAGUUGUCCAUGAGAUGUUUUUCGGGGGCGGCGGGGGGGGGGGGGGGGGGGGGCGCUUCCUUAAUCAAGUGUUUUUUGUCCAACCCCAUUCCUCCGGGGAGCAAACACCGAAUCCCAAACCUGUGUUCAUCCAUCUGUAAAAGGUGGAGGCCGCUUCAUUCAGGCCGUAUGAUCGUAUUCGAAAACUAAAAUGAGUUGUCGUUGCUGUGCUGCUCUGUGAGUGUGUGUUUGGUGAGAGCCUUGUGUACGUUCACUGUGGUGGAAGUGGAAUGACGAUAUGUGUCAUCUACAGGCUGUAGCAUCUGUCCCCCCCAACUCCCUCCCCCCCCCCCCCCCCCCCCCUCGCUGUCGGAAUUAACGUCGACUCAGAUCCAGUGAUCACAGGCCGAUCGGGACUACGCUGCUCUGAAGACGCCUGUCGUCGUCCUAGGCUGCAUCCUCCUCCCUCCCUCCAUGUUCUCUCUCUCUCGCUCUAUAAUAUGCCAUCUUAGUUUCUCUCUCUUGUUCUCUCCCGCACUCUGGCUCCCUGCGUUCCUCCUGCGCACUCCUCUCUGAUCAAUACCCCCCUACCGUUGAGACCUUUCUGUACCGUUCUCUCCAUCCUUUUCCUUUUACUUUCAUUCUCUCCAUCUUUCUCCGAUCUGUCCACGCUAUCGGCGCUGCUUUCAACCGGCUCGCGUCUCCCUCUCCCCCUCUCCCUCUCCCUCUCCCCCUCUCCCCCUCUCCCUCUCUCCCUCUCCCUCCCUCUCUCUGUCUCUGUCUCUGUCUCUGUCUCUCUCUCUCUCUCUCUCUCUCUCUCUCUCUGCCUCUCCCCCUUCCUCCCAGCGGUUGGUAUUCCACUAGGAGCUGGCAAGCGGGGCUGCUCAGUCUGCCAUGGGCCGCAUUGCAUCGGGCGAGGGAAACCAAUCAAUGGCCUCCUCAACAACCAUUAGACCAUUUACACGCUUUUCGCUCAACCAUUUUCAACAGGAUAUUAAUAUCCUGUUUACUGGCCAAGGGAGCUGUGGUUUAUGGGGCGGUGUGCUAGGGGUACAGCCCAGUAGAAUGGGAGUCCUCCUGCCAAAUGCUGGAAACCACCUCUCACACGAAUCCCAACCUGCACUGUCUGGGCUGGCUUCUUGUUCGUGUUUUGCAGGACCUCUGCACCAAAAGGCUUUCAUGAGAAGUAACGGUGUGAGGCUCAGAUAGGGGGUUUCUUGCACAUGUGUUGGCUGUCGAAGGGAACUUUCUGUGUCGAGUGAUUCACCGACGUGUUUUGGUUACCUGCUAUGAAAAGCACAGCCAAAUACACCAAGAGCCACCCCCAGUGGUAAUGAUUAGUACCUAGUAGAGAGUGUGGGACAAAGCUGUAUACCGGAGUAUAAUUGCUUUUCCUCAAGCUGGAAUCAAGCCUACCUUUGCAGUGCAAAAGAAAAUGAUAGGGUUGGACAGAAAGAGUGAAAGAGUAAGUUUAAGAGUGAAACUACAUUUAUUGAGGAAUAGGAUCAACUUGAAAUGGGUUGAGUCAACUAUGAAGUGAACAAACGUAACGAAAAGAAAGCCAGGAUGCAUUGUGGCUGGUAGAAGGUGAGCCCGGGUGGCUGGAUGGCUGGAGGACAUUGUCUGUAAUCUGCAGCACGCACACUUCCUGGUGCAUUUUUUUAAUUCUUUCAGCGUCUUUCUUUGCACUACAGUGCGUCCUCCACACCAGUUGGAGGGGGGAGGGGGGGGGGGGGGGGGGGGGUCAAGGGGGGGGUACCAGACAUUUUGUUUAACCAACGACGACGACCAGCAGCUGUCCCUUGCGGACACAGAGGUCGUGAACCCUUGGAAGAGGGCCCCGCCUGGCGCCUUUCCAAUACACUCCACCUGCUUAUCUGCGUAUGUUUCAUAAAGGUGUUUUUUUUGUUCUACGAUUGGAUUGUUAAGAGAUAUAUCUGUUGAUUUAUGGUUAUGUGAUCAUGUUUGUGGACCUCAGAUACAUAAGUACAUUUUUCUGUGUUGGAGUUAAACCAUCUACAUAAUACAGUAUGGCAACUUGUGCCGUGUGUUGAACCAUUAUAUAGCCUCACAAUUCACCAUACAGAGGGGGUAUAUGUGUUGUAAUAUGUCAAUUGCUUAUAACCUAUUGGCGGAGGAAGAAUUAAAAGAGACCUGAGACUUGUCUCUCUAGUCUGUUGUGUAAUUUAUCUCUUUGGUUUCAGUAAAGAAAAGUGGAGUUGAAACACUGAGUUGGUGGGUGGUGUGGCCACACGGGAGCAGUAGGAGGAAGUCUUCCUCUAGCACAGAUAUGAUUCCUAGACCAUAACCUCAGGUCGAGUGCAGUUACCCCUCACCCCACCAUUCAACCCCGACAGACACACAAACACCAACAAACACACACACACACACACACACACACACACACACACACACACACACACACACACACACACACACACACACACACACACACACACACACACACACACACACACACGCAUACAUACACAUGCACACACACACGUGUGUAUGCACGUAGCUGGCACACCGUCACACACAGGUACACACAAGGGAAAACACCGCAAACGCACUCCUGCAGGCCUAUCGGCCCGUUGUGCUGCUGGAAAGAGAGAUGCGAUCUAACAGUGCCUUCCAGCAUUCCACUAGUGAUGAGGACAUCUUAAGUUUCACAGGCCAACCUGAGGUAGUCGUGUCAUUCACCCUGGGCAUGGGUCUAGGCUCUCUCUCUCUCGUGCUUAAGAGUUCUAUUUUUCUAUCUUUUUUUUUUUCUUCCUGUCCCUCCCCUCAUUUUCCCUCUGUAGGUUGGUUUUUCUGUCACUAUUUUUCUCUCUUCCUCCUUGUCUCUUCAUCGUUUCAAUCUACUCUCCUCCUCCCUCCAAUCUCUCUCUCUUUUCUUUGUUUCUCUCUCACACUCUCUCUCUCUCUCUGUAUAUUCAUAUAUAUGGAGAUAUAUAUCCCCCCCUCUGUCCAUUUUUUUCGUCUCUUUUCUUCUCUCUCCCCAGUACCCUCUCUCUUGUUCUCGUUCUGUCUCUAUCUCUCUCGGACUGGGAAUCCCAUUCCCCAGUGCAUGAGAUCCAAUCCGACCAGAGUAUAGCGAUCAGACCUUCCUCCCUGAACAGGAGUAGGUAAUGUAUUAUCACACAAGAGAGCAGUAUUAUCACACAUUAGCAUAGAAGUGUCCAAUAUAGUGUUGCACAAACUGACAAAACAUUAAGUAUAUUCUACUUUCAGACAUUUACUUCCUUCGUUGCACAUUUAAAAACAUAAUAUUUAAAGCUCAAAAACCGCUGCAGUAGGAUACUGUUUGUUAUUUUAUUUUUUUCCUUUCUCGGUCGGUGUAUUAGAAGUAACUUGAAGCAUAUAUACAAAUUAUGGGGAGUUGUAAAUUGAAGGAACAAUCAUCUAUUUUACACUUAGCAGCUACACACUGUAAAUACUGUACAAAAGAACAGAUCAUAUAUUUGGAUAUUAGUAUUUUGCGUUGGAGACGAAUGUUGUACCAGUUCUAGCGUGCGCUAACACACCGCACCAGAUAGAUGCAUGCUUGUGGCAUCCAAAUAUUUUGCAUGCAAUUUAACCAGAACUCUUUAACCAGAUUGUUUUAGCUUCAUUUACAAUCCCCCUUCAUCACUUAAAUACAAAAAACCAUCGCUGAGUAAACCGAUACCAGCUCACUGAAAGAAACGAUUAUUUAACUCCCCCGGUUGUGGCUUUUAACGCUUUAUUUAUUUAUUGUCAAACCGGUGUUUGUCAUCGUCAUUGGAAAUCCAAGAUAACACUGAAGUGAAGAGCACUGAUGCUGCCUUGUCUACGUGGAACUAUGAACACAACUCUCUUUACAUUCUUACGUCAUCUUCACACCACACUUGCCAACGAUGGCUAACUGUCCAGUGCCAUUAACGGCUGUGACCGAAACGGGUAUCUUGUUUUUUUUUUAUCAGUAAACCAAACAGGGAUGUACAAUGAUGAUUGCCCUAUUCGUUGUUGUUUUUUUGGAGUAUAGAUUUCAAGUCAAGCAGAGAUAAAACAAGAAAAACCUCUUCUGAUUAUCAAAACAAUAUCAGCCAGAAAUCAUGAAGACACAAUUACACAGAACUUCACUCCAAUAUCCCAGUACUCUCCUUUUGCUGACAUUCUGAAGAACAAUGGUCUGACACUACCAAUCAAUUUCUCACAAUUUUUUAAUUUGUGUUACAAUGUUAACCGGUUUUAUUUGGUUACCCAAUACAGAAACAGCUUUAAGUAAGAUUUAUCUGAGGCAAAGUUAGGACAUAUUUGUUGCCAUGCAUCAAUGCGUGUCUGUCCUGCUUGUAUUAUUUAAUGACCUUUUAAUUAUAAAUGCAUCAGUGUUAUAUAUUUUUCCUCACCUAUUUCUACGUUUUGUUGUGUUUUUUUUUUCCAAGGGACAUAUUAGCAAGUAAUAACAUUCACAAACCUGAGCAUUGCAACAUAUUUGAUAGCUAUUUCUUGCAGUUAUGGCAGUCCUGUGUUAUUUCGGAAUAGUCAGGGUACAGCAGGGUCACUAUCUUCAAAAGGUAAUUUAAUGUGGUUUUUAAUGGCCGCAAGGUAACAGAGGGCCCGCUUUUGGAACUCUUAACCAUUUGUAUAUUACCAUCUAGUUUAAGGUUUCGAUUUUUGACCACCACAGCACAUUUACUUGCAAGUUUUAUCCUUAGGAAAUGUCACCAUAUGCAAACAUUUGUAUUUUAUUUCUUGCUGGCAUUUAAGUUUAUUUGUUGUAUAAAUUUAAAACCUUAAGAAUAUUGUCUAUUCAAUCGAGAAACUGUGAAUGGGGGAGUGGAGAUGUCUACUGUAUGUACAUUAUAUGUUUUGAUGUAAUCAAAAGCACUGGGAAUAUGUUGUAUUCCGCUGAAAAAAAUGAAACCAUAUCUGAUAUAGCUGUACUUUUGUUGAAAAUAAAACCUCUAUAUACAUA